AUGACCCCAUUCAUGGCCUCUGUUCCUUCCUCCAAAGCUCUCAAGUCAACCUUGCUAAUCACAGCACUUUUGCUUCUAAAAUUCUCCACUAUCUACGCUCAUGGAGGUGAUGACCAUGGCAACAGCGGUGAUGAAGACUUGCAUGAAAGAGGUUUAAUUUUGGUGAAAAUCUGGUGUCUAAUAAUCCUCUUCGUGAGCACUUUUGCAGGUGGAGUUUCCCCUUACUUCUAUAGAUGGAAUGAGAGCUUUCUUCUGCUGGGCACGCAGUUUGCAGGCGGGGUCUUCCUGGGGACCUCUCUAAUGCAUUUCUUGAGCGACUCCAAUGAGACUUUUGAAGAGCUCACAGCAAAAGCAUACCCUUUUGCCUUCAUGCUAGCAUCAGCGGGUUAUCUUCUCACCAUGUUAGGAGAUUGCAUAGUGAUCUUUGUUACCAAGGGUAGCGAAAGAGAGGCAAAAGUGGAAGCUGCUGAGGAGGGUGCGACAGAGGUGCCUGUGGGUCUCAACCCAGCAUUCUUGCAGACAACAUCUUUUGGGGACACCAUGCUUCUCAUCCUUGCUCUGUGUUUUCAUUCAGUUUUUGAGGGCAUUGCCAUCGGGGUUUCAGGUACAAAGGCAGAAGCAUGGAGGAACCUGUGGACAAUAUCAUUGCACAAGAUAUUUGCAGCCAUUGCAAUGGGAAUUGCACUGCUGAGGAUGAAACCCAAGAGGCCAUUUGUGACAACUGCGGCCUAUUCUUUUGCCUUUGCGGUUUCGAGCCCCAUCGGAGUGGGAAUAGGCAUUGCCAUAGAUGCCACAACCCAAGGGAAGGCAGCUGAUUGGAUAUAUGCUAUAUCAAUGGGUCUUGCUUGUGGGGUUUUCAUCUAUGUUGCCAUCAACCAUCUCGUUGCCAAGGGCUUCAAACCACAAACUCAGCUUUAUUUUGACACUCCCUUUUUCAAGUUUCUUGCUGUGCUUGCUGGGGUGGGAGUCAUAGCUGUUGUUAUGAUUUGGGAUUAGUGAACUCAUGAAUUUAGUUUUCCCCACUAUUUGUUUCAUUGCAGCUGGUUUGAAUAUCAAUAACGCUUGUAAACGAUCCUUGUUUGUUGUGAAAUGAAAAAGAGAACAAUAAAAAUGGCUGGUUAAGAGUGAUAUGAGAAAA